ACCAACAGACAACCUUUAGACUUGGUGAAAGAUUAGGACAUCUUUUUUGGGAUUCAACGUUGGUGAAUGAGGGAUUGCUGUUGAUAUUACGAGUCUGCGGACAAGAAGUCUGUGGACAAGAAGUCUGUGUGGACCAAGUGGAAGAUGAAGUUCGAACACCUACUCUCGGUUGUCAAUGGAUUUGGACGGUUCCAGAUUAUGAUCAUUAUCAUCAGCUUUAUUGGUCGAUUCACCCUGCCGUGUCACUUCCUGCUGAACAACUUCAUUGCCGCCGUACCCUCUCACCACUGUGACCUCAGCGCUCUGGAUGAUGGCAGCCUCUUUGGGAAUCUGACCCAGGAGCAGAGACUGACUGUCAGCAUUCCAGUACAGGAAGAUGGGACUCCAAGCUCCUGUAAGAUGUUCCCAGAGCCCCAGUUCCAGCUCCUUUCCAACUCCAAUGACCGUGACCUAGUUACAGUCCCCUGUCAGAAUGGAUGGGCAUAUGACAACAGCACCUUCAAAUCCACUCUGGCUACAGAGUGGGACUUGGUGUGUGACCAGAAAGGGCAAAAUAAGGCGACAACAACCAUCUUCUUCAUAGGAGUGAUGUUCGGAGCUAUGACCUUUGGAAGCCUGAGUGACAGGUUUGGUAGGAAGCCCAUGCUCCUGGUGUCCUAUAUCUCUGGCAUGCUGUUUGGUGUUGCCAGUGCUUUCUCCACUUCCUUCAUCAUGUUCGCUGUGCUCAGGUUCUUCACUGGGUUCGGUAUCACCGGCAUCGUUAUCGUCUCAUCAGUACUCAGUGUGGAGUGGGUGGACAUUGAGCACAGAAAGCUGGUGGGAGUGAUUGACAGCCUGUCCUGGACGUUUGGUUACUGCAUGAUUCCAGCCAUAGCCUACUGUGUGACCGACUGGAGACAGCUGACCAUAGCGGUCACCUCACCUCUUGCUCUAGCCAUACUCACCUGGAGGUGGAUUCCUGAGUCAGCCAGGUGGCUCAUAGCCAAUGGGAAGUUUGAGAAAGCUAACUUUUAUUUGCAACAAUGUGCCCAGAUGAACCAGAAGGAGGAGUUUGGAUCCAAAAUUACACCAGAGACUCUGUCCAGUAUCAUUGUGACAGAGAGAAAAGACAGUCACUCCUACCUGGACUUGGUCAGGACACCAAAGAUGAGGAGGCUGGCUCUACUAACAGGCAUAGUGUGGUAUGGUGUGGCAUCAACAUUUUAUGGAAUUAGCUUCAACAUCACUGGAUUUGGACUCAAUAUCUAUCUGACCCAGUUUGUGUACGGUGCCAUAGAGCUGCCAGCCAAACUAUCAGCGUACUACCUUCUGGAUAAGGUGGGCAGGAGAAACACAGAAGUGGGAUCUUUACUAGGAGCUGGAAUCUGUCUCGCUAUCAACAUCUUCAUACCCCGAGACAUGUCUGUUUUAAGGACGGUGGUGGCGGUGCUGGGGAAGGGUUGCUCGGCAACAUCCUUCACAACCGUUGUGUUGUACAGCUCUGAGCUGUUCCCUACUGUGGUCAGGCAGAACGGCAUGGGCUACAACUCAUCCAUGGGUCGUCUGGGAGUGUCUCUGGCCCCUCUGAUCCUGCUGCUGGACGAGGUGUGGAGGGACCUUCCACAGGUCCUCCUCUGCUCCAUAGCUCUGCUGGCUAGCCUGGUGGCCAGGAUGCUGCCGGAGACACGGGGCCGCUGUCUACCAGAGACCAUCCAGGAUGUCGAGGACGGGCAGACAGGGAAAGGUUUGGCUGGAUCCCAAGUUGUGGAAACAACAGAUAUCCCUCUCAAAUCAAAGGACAAUGAUGAGAUGGAAAAUGGAUACUAAGAUUCUUCCCGUAUAUAUUUUUGAUAUGCCCAAAUGUGCACCCUGUGGAAUGCUUUUGACAACUUGUAGAGUCUAUGCCCGACAAAUUCAGGCUGUUCUGAGGGCAAAAUGGGUGUAACUCAAUAUUAGGAAGGUGUUCUUUAAUGUUUUGUACACUCAGUGUGUUUGUUACACAUCAAAAACAACCUUCAACCUUCUCACUGAUCUUAUAAAAAAAGAUAAACGAAAUACAAGAGAACAAAAGAGAAAGAGAGCCUGAAGUGUGAAGCAUAAUUCAAGUGUUAUUCGUCACAUACAAAUUAUAAUUUACACUUAAUUCCAAUAUUACAUUAUCUUAUUUAGAAAAGACUCCUUUUCUGUUUCAUAUCAAUGAGGAACAAGAUUAUCUUUGAUAAUGUAUCAUAACUCUUUGUGCAUUAUUCUUCACCAUAACCAUUGGCAAAUGCAUGCAAUCAAUCUUUAAUAUUGAAUAUGAGCCUAUUGUUGUAUACACAUUUUAUACAGUACCAGUCAAAAGACACACCUACUCAUUCAACGGUUUUUCUUUAUUUAUACUAUUUUCUACAUUGUAGAAUAGUAGUUAAGACAUCACAACUAUUAAAUAAUGCAUAUGGAAUCAUGUAGUAACUACAAAAGUGUUAAACAAAUCAAUAUAUAUUUUAUACUUGAGAUUCUUCAAAGUAGCUACCCUUUGCCUUGAUUACAGCUUUGCACACUCUAGGCAUUCUCUCAACCAGCUUCAUGAGGUAGUCACCUGGAAUGCAUUUCAAUUAACAGGUGUGCCUUGUUAAAAGUUAAUUGAGGAAUUUCUUUCCUUCUUAAUGUGUUUGAGCCAAUCAGUUAUGUUGUGACAAGGUAGGGUUGGUAUACAGAAGAUAGCCCAAUUUGGCAAAAGACCAAGUCUCUUCUUAUUAUUGGUGGCGGCAGGGUAGCCUAGUGGUUAGAGCAUUGGACUAGUAACCGAAAGGUUGCAAGUUCAAAACCCUGAGCUGAUAAGGUACAAAGGUGUCGUUCUGCCCCUGAACAGGCAGUUAACCCACUGUUCCUAGGCCGUCAUUGAAAAUAAGAAUUUGUUCUUAACUGACUUGCCUAGUAAAAUAAAUAAAUACAAAUAUUAUGGCAAGAACAGCUCAAAUAAGCAAAGAGAAACAACAGUCCAUCAUUACUUUAAGACAUGAAGGUCAGUUAAUACGGAACAUUUCAAGAACUUUGAAAGUUUCUUCAAGUGCAGUCACAAAAACCAUCAAGCGCUAUGAUGAAACUGGCUCUCAUGAGGACCUCCACAGGAAAGGAAGACCCAGAGUUGCCUCUGCUGCAGAGGAUAAGUUCAUUAGAGUUAACAGCCUCAGAAAUUUCAGUCCAAAUAAAUGCUUCACAGAGUUCAAGUAACAGACACAUCUCAACAGACUGCGUGAAUCAGGCCUUCAUGGUAAUAUUGCUGCAAAGAGACCACUACUAAAGGACACCAAUUAUAAGAAGAGACUUGCUUGGGCCAAGAAACACGAACAAUGGACAUUACACGGGUGGAAAUCUGUCCUUUGGUUUGAUGAGCCCAAAUCAAAUGCUGCAUCAGGUAACCAGGCCUCCACAAUCACCCGAGCUCAACCCAAUUGAGAUGGUUUGGGAUGAGUUGGACCGUAGAGUGAAGGAAAAGCAGCCACUGCAGAGUGUUGGAAAAGCAUUCCAGGUGAAGCUGGUUGAGAGAAUGCCAAGAGUGUGAAAAGCUGUCAUCAAGACAAAGGGUGGCUACUUUGAAGAAUCUAAAAUCUAAAAUAUAUUUUGAUUUGUUUAACACUUUUGUAGUUAAUACAUGAUUCCAUAUGCAUUAUUUAAUAUUUAGUUUUAGUUUAGUUUAGUUUAUUUUAUUUUUACAGGGACAGUGCACAUUAAUCAACGUUUCAGUAAAAGUGCCGGUUUUAGCCAGCCGGCUAAUUUUCAACCGCAGUCCCUGGGCAGGUUAUUAAAAACAAUUACAAUAUAGACAAUAGCACCAUAGAACAAGCAAGACAUAGCAACAUAGGACAAGCAAGACAUAGCAUACAGACAGAGCAACAUAGAACAAAAAGCAGCAAGACAAAAUUCAUAAAAGCAACAAAGUGUUUCCACACCUCACAAGCUACAGACAACAGACAACAUGGAAAGCGGCAACAAUAUUCCAUAUGUGUCAUUUCAUCGUUUUGAUGUCUUCACUAUUAUUCUACAAUGUAGAAAAUGUUAAAAAAUUUAGAUUUUUUUUUGAAUGAGUUGGUGUAUCCAAACUUCUGACUGGUACUGUAUAUGCAUAUAUUAAAUAUAUAUAUAUAUAUAUAUGUAAAAACACUUAGUGUGCCGGUAUAAUGCUUUUUUCACUUUAGGUUGCAAACGUGAUUUAAAUAUUCCUAAACAUUAUUACGUUAAUACAUUAGAAUAAAAUGCAGAACGUUUUUUGUAAAUGUCCUUUCCAUGUGAUAUCAUUUCUGUGAUCAUGAAAACAAAUAAAGAAACAUGACCUCA